AUGUCACAAUGGUACUUGCUUCUCAAGAAGAUCUUUAUAAGAAGGAAGAAAAGUCCGCAUUCAUACGAUCAAGCAUUGAAGUUCAUUACCGAUGAUUGGCAUGACGUACACACAAAUGCGAUGCUGGAAGAAAUUUGGAACGUCUAUAUUGAAUUGAAAAAAAUAAGGCCAAAGAUGUUUGCUUACAAUAUCAUGUUCAUCAAUGAUAAUCCUUAUGAAGACGGUCAUCGAUCUGAAGUUGACGCUAUUACUGGUAAAGUCGCUAAGUGGAUGACAGAUGGGUUGAAAAGAGAGUUUGUCGUUCAAUUCAGAAGGUAUGGGACGGUCAAACAAAGACAAAUUCUUAACCGAAGAUACAAGGAUAUUUUUCGGGUGAUGGCCGAUAUGAAUAUAACUGGAGCUCAAUACGAGGAUUUAAAGUUAUGGUACAUUCGGUCGAAGAACCAGACUCAUUUUGGAUUAUCAAAAAAUAUUCAGUUUUGCUUCAUGUACACAGAAUCAGAGACAUGUGAAUCUGAAGAUUGUGUAGGUAGGAACAUUAUUCUGAAUGAAGGGACGAGAGACGGUAGAAAGGAAAUCGUAGACAACGAGUCUGGAGCUGUUGAGGUUUGUAUGAUGAAUUGGGCUGAAGCUAGGAACAAAGCAAAUAAUGUCUUAGAUAAAGAAGUUAUGUUGAUUAUGGCUGAAGCGAUGGAUGGUAUUGAAUAUGCCAAUACUAUAUCUGGACCAGAACAUGGUGGACCUUGUAUCGCAAAUGAUACCUCAUAUAGUGUGCAUGAAAUCGAGGUGAAUAACGCAGGGAUCAUUGUCGUGCGCUGA